AUGGUUAAAGCAGAUACAGUAAAGAAAACAACAGCCAAAUCCAGACCAGCUGCUCGCUCUUUGGGGACAAAAGAGGCCACCCAUCAUGUUGUUGCGCUGGAUGUGAAAGCUCAAAAUGGUUUAAACAUAGAGAAGCAAGAGAAGUCUGCUUUACGCAUCGAUGGGCCUGAGGCAGAGGAUGCUGCAGACUACAAAUCACAACAUGGUUUGGGUACAGAAUUGCCUCUUGUGAAGUUCAACGACGAGCGGUGGAAGAAAGGGACAUGGGAUCUAAAUAUGUUUUCCAAGGAUGGCAAUUUGGACUGGGAUGGCAUCAUUCUAGCAGAAGCAAGGAGGAGGAAGUUUCUUGAGCUUCACCCAGAAUCAGCCACCAACGACGACCCGGUUGUGUUUAGGAGCUCCAUCAUACCAUGGUGGGCAUGGAUGAUGAGAUCCUAUCUCCCGGAGGCUGAGCUGAUCAAUGGUCGAGCGGCAAUGGUUGGGUUCUUCAUGGCAUAUGUUGUAGAUGCUUUGACAGGGCUCGGUGUUGUAGGACAAACUGGCAACUUCAUAUGCAAGGCAGGGUUCUUUGUGGCAGUCAUUGCUAUAAUAUUCAUCAGGCGAACCCAAGAUUUUGAGAACUUAAAGAAGCUAGCUGAUGAAGCUACUUUCUAUGACAAGCAAUGGCAAGCUUCGUGGAUAGAUCGAAAUGCAACAAGUGGUUCUUUAGAUCAAACUGGAAAGAAAAUUUAAGCCUGCCUUCCAAGAGAAAUUGUAUUUAUCUUACUAGUUGGACCACUGGUUUGUUUAUCUCUAGUAUUAAAUUACAAUGACAUAAUCUAAAUAUUUUGUUUGACCUAGAUUUUUGUUCUCAACUCCAGUGCUGGUCAAUGAUCAAUCCAUAAACCAUUCUAAUUUACAAU